UUCAGGUAAUUUGUCUGGAGCUGUUGUAUCAUGGGUGAAUCAUUUACAAUUCAGAUUAGCAGCAACUUAGUGAAGCAGCUCGCGGAUGACGGUGAGAAGUCAAAGAAGAAAAUAAGAAAACAAAAAACGAAGAUACCAAGGGAAACCCAACAGUCCAAAACUAAACCACAACAGAAACUGAUUCCCAAUGAUUCUGAGACGCUUAAAAGGCCUGCUUCUGCAGGAUGGCCACUUCAGCCUCCAUUAUUCCUUCCAGUUCCUACUCCACAACAAUCUGCUAAUGCUGAGCUAGAUGCCAUCCAGUCUGUCCUUCAAGAGAGUGAGAAGGUUGUGGCAAGGCUGCAGAAGCGAGAAGAUGAGAUGCUGCAAGAAGUAACACAGAGAGCCAAAGAUCUCCAUGAUAAAGAGUUCAAACUUCCAUACCAGAAACCAAUGCUCUGCUUGGCUGAGAAAGAUGCUUGCUUGGAGUGCUACAAGGAGCAUGUCAAGGACCCUCUAAAAUGUGCCCAUCUGGUUAAAAAUUUUUCAGACUGUGCUCGCCGAAUGAGGCACCAACUGAGGUUAGCAGAUAAUUAGGCUACCUAUAAGGAGGUUUCUUAAAGACAUUCUGUGCAUACUCAUUGCCAGUUGAAGUGACACUAGGAAAGUUUUGCAGUGCGAAUAAGCUGACUCUCACUGUUUUCAAAAUGGGUUGCAUGCUAUGUCUUUUACUUUUGCACACUGUCAUUUGAUCCUUUUUUGUUGAGUUGCAUAUCCGUGAAUUGUGUUCUCAUUCAUGGCUAUAAGCUUACAUGGGUUUGACCCAUUGAUUUUUUCUGAAGUUGGACCUUCAUGUUACAAUUGAGUGCCUAAACAUGGUUUCACUGCAUGUCCUUUUGACUGAAUCCCAAUUAUCCAUCUCGGAAGUCCAU